AGUUUCGCUACACGCAUCCGUGCGCCACAACGUCCCACACUCUGUAAGUUUUUACUUUAUAUCACACUCCCCCACCGAGAAAUGACUGGAGAAAUCAGCGAGAAGGCCUUCCCCCUUGCGACGGAUCGCCUGAGCCAAACCAUCCUCGAUCUCGUGCAGGAGGCCAGCAACGCCAAGAUGGUCAAGAAGGGGGCGAAUGAGGCGACCAAGGCCUUGAACCGCGGUAUCGCUGACCUGAUUGUGCUGGCGGGUGACACGAACCCUAUUGAGAUUCUCCUGCACCUGCCGCUGCUGUGCGAAGACAAGAACGUCCCCUACGUUUUUGUGCCGUCCAAGACGGCGUUGGGCCGCGCCGCGCAGGUGUCCCGCAACGUCGUGGCGCUGGCGAUUCUGCAGGGCGAGAACAGCCCGGUGGCGGCCAAGGUGCAGGCAGUGAAGCUGGAGAUUGAGCGUCUGCUGUAAGGUGCGUUGUCUAAGUACUAAAGCGGCUUAAGCCGUUUUGUUUUCUUUAACUUCCUUUAUUGUAUUCUGUCUUCUUCGCACUUGUACACGGGGCUUUAAGAGUUCGUAAAUUGCUCCUCGCUAAAAGAACUUCGGCAGCGAGCGUCUCACUUUGCUCGCCGUUGUUAUCUGUUUUGUGUUGGAUAAGCUGUGACGGUGUGACGGUGUGUGCCACGCCACAGAAAAGAGCUAAC